AUGCAGAAACCUCCACGUCCUGUCUUCCGACGCGCCUACCCAAACUUGGAUUCACUAUUCGGUCAUGUCUAUUCAAACCUGACUGGAGAACCGUUGACACCAACUAAAAUCGCUACGUUCUACUUGAUCCGAGUCCUGUUCCAAACGCAUUUUGGCCUGCGUCAUGAGCGGUCGUUCUACGGUCUUUUUGAUACCCGGGCAAAGCUAUACGUCUUUGAAUGGCUCUACCUUUUUAUGUCUACGGAAAGGGAACUCACCUGGGAUGAAUACCGAAUGUUGACUCGUGAUGCGUUUGAAGACUAUCGCGAGAUCAACAAGAAUUUCUAUGCGGUUAUCGAACAGAUCGGGUCGGGACAGGCUGAUAUCAACUUUGGAAUUGAGGACGAGUUCUAUACGAACAAGUAUUCGAAGGAUCCGAAAUUGCACCCAAACGAUCCGUACCACGAAGCGGUUGAGCUCGCAACACGGGAUGAUCUCCACUUCUCGUCCGCCUUCUCCCACAUUUAUCGCUGGGUGAAGAGGAUUCUUGCUCAAUAUAGCAAAACUUCCAAUGCCGACCUGUUCAAGUUGAACGAAACGAUGCGUGAGUGGAUUCAUACCAACGGAGAAGAUUAUGUCAGUCCAUACCCAAUCGAAAACAUGGGGACGCCUCUUCCUUACGUCAUCGACUGCUCCAUGAGAGCCAGAAAAUGGGUCAACGAAUUUACCUUCAUCAUCCAAAAGAAUCUGUGGGAUGCGACAGGCAAGCUGGAGCUCGAUGAUAUCUUCAACUACACAAAGCUCGUUCAAAAACACCAUCCAGACGUUAUCGAAGCGUUUCUUCUGGAAGCAGUGCUUCAGGUGCAGAUGAAAGAUGGGCCUAGCGCAAUCAAAGCGUUGAAGUCCUACUUUGAGUUGUCAAGCUUUGAGUUGAACAGCAACAUGUUGCACGCCAUGAAGACUCAUCGUCUUGGAGUUCCCAACUUCGCUCCAUUGAUGUACUCGCCAAUCCUCCAAGCCAGAAUCUGUAGACUGUUUGGAGACCUCCCAGCCGCCCGAAUGCUGCUCGACGAGAGUCUCCAGCAAGCUCAGAUCCGCAACGACGAGAUUUGUCAUCAAAUGGCAAAUGUUGAAAUGCAUACAUGUAGUGUUAUUGGUAGUGACAUUUUUCUGGAGAACAACGCUCAGCGGAUCAUAGAAUACGUUGAUAAGGAUCGUCGUGUUUUGAGAAAAGCUUUGAGACAUAUUGAUGAUCUUCAUGGGCAACACCGCACUGGUCCAUGCUGUUUGGAGUCGGAGGAUGACUUCGAGGUGGUUGCUGAAUUAGAUUCCUACGGAAAAAUGCUCAUGAUUUUGAAGAAGAUUGCUGCAGGGCACUUCAAAUUGAGAUACCACCGGGACGCCGAAAUAGGAUUCAAUAGUCAAUUAGGAAGUGACCCUGAGGAGAGAGGGCAGAGAGUGACCACGUACGGUUUAUCUAUCAUUUGCAGCAACGCAAUCCGUAACGGAAUGUACGAUCAAGCUACAAGUGUCGCAGAGAGUUUGCUCGAUGGUGAGUUGGAGACGGAAAGAUGCUACUCUCACAACACGGAACCCGUGGCGGUUGCAUAUGCUAACCUGGCGUAUUCCCAUGCGGCACGGGGAGACUACGACGAAUCCAUCGAUGUAAUAUGGGAAGCAGUGGAAGUCUUUCCGGAUGAAGAGAUGUGGCAAGGUUUUCGUCACAUCCAAGCUUGCUUAGCCAUCAUCCUGUACGAGAAGUACUUCAUGGGGACUGACUAUUAUUGGGCAAAGAAUCUUCUCAAAGAUCUUGCCCCCUUCUCUGAAUUCGAGUACAAAAUUAGAAAAAGUCUUUUGAUUUGCGUUCAAGGAAGAUGCAACGAAGCGAUCAACAUGUUGUUGGAUUUGAAAGCUGAUGAUGUUUAUUUAAAAAUCAGAGUUCAAAUGCAAAUUGGCUGUAUCUACACGUCUACCAAGGCGUUUGGAAAAGCGUUGCUUGCUUUCAAAGAGGCAAUGAUUCUAGCUUCCGGAACGACUUUGUUGGGAAUCAAGGCUUUGAUUCUCAGAAGAAUGGCUACAAUGCUGAUGUGCGAAGGAAAGUACCAGCAAGCCCAAAAAGUUCUCGACCAGUGUACCAAUGACGUUCUGUAUCACGGAACGUACAUUGAGAAAGCAUGUCUACAUGUUACAGCUGCAAGAACUGCUCGCAUGCUCGGAAAAGACCCUCGACAGUUCCUCAGAUUGGCACGAGAGUUGGUGCAUUACAAUUGGCCAGCGAUGGAGAAGAUGAUCCUCUCAGAGCUUGCCUUGCUUUACGACCCCAAAGGAUUGAUGCCGAACGCGAAUCGAUUGUCUCAAGUUUGUGAGCAAUUUGGAAAAAUUACGGCUCUAGUUCCCGGAAAAUGCGUGUGGUUGCUUAUGUGA